GGAGGGGAUGCCAUGUUUACUACCUCAAUGCUUGUCAUGCCUUUGUUGCUUGUGGCAAGUUCUGGUUGAAGCUGUUGACAAGUCAAUAUGGUCCUUCUUGGCAGGAUUUUCACAAGUCAUACAAUACGAAACCCGGUCUCUCAUCCUGUCCCUCCCUGUUAAGACCCCAAGCAUACGGGCUGUCAUCAUGCACCGUGGUCCUUCUCAGAUCUCUUCGGUAUUUUCCAGCGAAUGAUCCACCUUCAGCCCGAUGCAUAACACAUCUGAACAUUCGAGUUAGCCCUCCUGAGGAAUGCAUGGUUGCCUGGGAGACUACGCAGGAAUCUCGCUGACGGGAUGAUGAUUGACUUACGUGUUGUCCCAGAUAACCAAGUCACCAGGGUCGUUCCAUGGAAUGCUUAGAGUAUACUUCUCUUGCGUCGCAUGCGCCAUAAGCUUGUCCAUAAGCUCUUUGGACUUCUCCGGAGGCACGUCCACGAUAUGGUCCAUAUGGGCGGCAAUAUACAAGUUCAUCCGACCUGACGGUUCAUGCUUCUGCACAAGGCGAUGUUUGUGCAUUGGAAACUUUGUCACAUCAACAUCCUUGAAAUAAUCCGGUGCUGCCUUCUUGCGAGACGAGUAGAGGGAAUGGGCGCCAACAUAAUUCUUUUCCAAGAGCUCGGCCUUCAACUCGGGAUCCAAUUCAUCAAAUGCCGUCCGCGUGUCCGCGAAUCCGGUAUUACCACCAGUGUUGGGUGGCGGCAGUUCGUGGGCCUUCAAGAUCGAGUACGAUGCCCUUCGAGGAUUGAAUGACGAGUCGACGUGGUACAGGGCAUUGCCCUUGUUGUAUUGCGCACGUGCGCUAUCUGGUGACAGAACAGUAUUCGUAUCGGGGUCGAUAUUGCCGGCGUCAAAAAGCUCAUAGUAUUCAUAUCGUGGCUUCCGCCCGUUGGUCAUAUACGGCCUGAUGUCGUCCAACUCGCCAAACCGGCGAGAAAAUUCGACGUGGCCUUUGUCGUCGAGUCCAGUCUUCCGGAACACAAUCACGCCAUACUAGGAAACAGUCAGGGCCUUGUGAGUUGCAGAAAUUACAGUCUAUCUCCGAGUUUUUACCUUUGCAGAAGCAGCGAGGAUCUCCCUGAAGACGUCGUCUGGAAUUGGCUUGGAGAAAUCAACGCCUUCAAUCUCGGCCGCAAACGUUGGGUGCAGCUUCUUGAUCUGAAUCGUCUUGAACUCGGUCUCUGGAGUUAGGAGAAGCCCAGGCAUGAUGACGACUGACAAAAUUCCGGAAUGCAAAGUUCCACGCUGGAUGGUUGGUCACAAACAGUUCAACGAUGCGACAAACAUAUGGCAUGACCACCUUUUCGUCUUAUAUCUUGUCGAGUAUGGACUGAAACACGCCCGAGCAGGCAUUCGGCAAUUCUCCGUUCAUUUUGGAUGCAUCUGCCGAAGCCCCAUAUUCGCACCUGUUGACCUCUCGACACUGUCAGCCUUGAGGUUCCCCACAGAAGUCCGUGGACGAGGUGUGCGGGGAAGGUUGGAAGUUCCAUUUCUUCAUAUGGAGGCAAUGGAGAAGAAGCAGCACUCUUCGUCCAACACCCGUGAAGGGGAUACGCGCAAUGGGAAUACCGGGGAAAUCCGAUGCGCUGGUCUGCGCCAUACAUGCCUGGCUUCUGUGGCAAGGGGGGACUCCUGAUUGCUCCCUGCCGACUUCCGAGUAUGAUUCUACUUUUGGCGAUCGGAAUACCGCUUUUGGCCACUGGACUUCUGACGACUGUUCUCGCACGAGCUCGUCCACAGUGGCAUACUCAGCUAUACUGGUCAAGGAGUAUAUUUCCUUGUGGUCGGAACGGCCGUCUCCGUUGCAGACUCCUUCCAUACGUUGAUUCUGGUCUCUGGAAACGUCUAUGGCACUGCGACAUAACAAAUGAUGAACAUUCCCAAAGAUAGGGCGACAAUCUGGCAGUCAACGCCAUUGGUGAUCCGAGAGAUAAUGAGGGCGAUUCUCUUCACCGGUAGGGGAUCCAGGUCGCCCGAUUUGAAAUUUGCCUUGGCCGUACUGUUCCAACCUGUAACGGGCAAGACUGGCCUUGAGUGGGUUUGGCAGUUGAGGUUAAUGGCAGCACGAAACAUGGACAAAGAUCAGACGCGAGGUCACUUGGAUCAAGUCGCCCGAACUUCAUUUCACGAACUCUGCUGGUAGUCACAAUCUUCAACCGAACCUUCAGAUGGUAGCAAACAUUGCCCGUCUACUCAGAGUGAAGGCAAAUGCACAGCCAAGGCGUCAGGACAGAGACUGCCUCCAGCACUUUCAGUGACAGAUUCCCCUCUUCCACUCAGUCUUCACUACAUGGCCCAGGAUUCUGUGCGUUCGCGUUGUCACGCGUCUCUCUCAGUGACAUGUUGUGAAAAUUUUGCUCAGUAAGUGAAGAUGGACUGUUGACAUUCUGUUUAUAAAACCCCGCGCCAUUCUUGAAUUUUCGCGCUUCCGUCUUCUGCGUCUCUCCCACUUUGACAGGCCUUGAGAGUCGAGCGCGAUUGUCAAGGUCAUCUUCAAGACCGAUACAAACACUCGCUCACCCGCCGCAAUGGCGCCUCUCGUUAAUUUCGUUCUCUUCGGCCUGGUCGCGACCCUGAGCACCUCUGUCCAAGCAGGACAACUCAGAUCGGACAUCAAGCGUGCUGAUUUGGAUAUUGACUGUCCGACCUGCGGCAAUGAGCCUGCCCAUCCUAGUCCCCAUCCCUGGGAGGACUGGAGCAUGGCCAGCAGCGCGACAAGCAGUUCCCCUGUUGUUCCAACUCCUUUCCCAGUGCCCACUUAUGGCGGCGUCAACUCUACCUCAGUGGCUUCGGUUGAGACGCCCGUGAGUGAAGCGAGUCCCGGCACUUCGACCUCGCAUGCUUCGUCCAUCUCUGUUACGGCAACUGUGGCUUCAGGUUCUUCCUCCCCGGUUUCGUCCACCUCUGUUCCGGCUACCAUGGCUUCAGGUUCGUCCUUCUCGGCUUCCUCGUCCUCUGGCUCGACAAGUGCAGGAGUUGCGCCACCUGUCAAUUCUUUUUCCUCGACUUCGGGUGCUUCCAGUGUGCAGUCGAUCAGCAGCACCAACUCUUCCAUGCCCAGUCAAUCUUUGCCUGGUGGCACUACAAAUGGGACAUCCAACACUCAGAUGACCUCAGCCUUGCCUCCUGCAAGUAUGUCUUCCAUUGCUGGCUCAGUGUCUGUUGUCUCGCGGUCAAGUCAACCCCAAUCUCAAGCCACACUGUCCGUUGCGAGCGCAUCAAACUUCUCUCAGUCUAUUACAUCAUCGAGUAUGAUCCCAUCUUCUCCUGCAAACAGCACAUCGAGCGUGGUACCACCGUCCCCAGGAAACAGCACAUUUAGCAUAGUCCCAACGUUCUCGGCAAAUAGCACAUCGAGCAUGGCUCCGCCUUUCCCGGCUAAUGGAACGUCAAGCUUAGUUGCGUCGUUUUCAUGGAACAGCAGCGCGCCUGGAAAUACACCGUCGGUACAGAGCCCAGCCACAAAUCGGACCUCACUAAGUGUGAGCUCACUAUCGAUCGCCUUGACAUCCAAUCUGACUGCUGGAUCUGAGAUCACCACUUCAUUCACUAGUACAGUUGCUCUAAGUUCGACGACAUUCGUUACUGUCAUUCGAACUACAAUAAGCAUUGUCCAAGUCUCUUCAGUGACUCAGCCUUCCGGUUCUAGUGUUGCAUCCUCGGUCUCUGGGUCAGCGUCGAGCCUUGAAGCAACUGUGUCCGGUUCAAGUUCGUCUUCUGGUAAUGGCGCGCAGUCGACACCGAUCGGGACGAGAUCCACUUCCAGCAUUGUCUCCAGUGUGGCAUCAGUAUCUGGGUCAAGCUCAUCUUCCAGUGGCACGAUUACCCUCCUACCUGGAAUCAUCAUGACUCCUCCCGUCAUCACCUCAGCACCAGCGCUGCCCACUGUGUCUUUCAUUGGCGAAAUGCCGUGUAUCUAUGCUUACUCGGCCAACGAAACUAGCACGUACAGUCUUGCUCCAUGGUGCUGGCCCUGGUUCAUCUCAGGGCCGGAAAGCACGACGGUGAUAUCGGGAACAGUCGUGGUUGCAAGUACAGCCAACUGCGUGUGUCCGUACUGCUGGCUUGCAGACCCACUGUGUUACGAUCAAAAGCCGUCGGGUUCAAGCUGUGCCGAUGGCUGGAUUUGCUCUGUGACCACUUCUGCUGAACAAUCAGGCGUCGUGUAUUCGCUCCCCAGCGGCUUCUUUUCCGACUCAACCACGCCGGAACCAUGGAGUAUUACCACCGAACAAGGCGUGACCAGAACAAGCGGAAGCAGCAGUACCACAGCGGUCUCAUGGAGCGCUACUCUUUCACAUAGCACUCGGAGCAUCCAGGGUGGCUACAUUGACUUUCCGUUCUGGUCAUGGAGUUGUAUCGGGCCUCUGUGCAAGGGCGAUUGUGGAGAUGUCCUCGACUGGGCGGUAUCUAUGGCUACUUGCCUCUUUGGUUUGGGGUGCAAGAGACCAUGCAGCGAUCAUGGCUGGAACGGAUUUCAUUUGCCGCCGAUUCCCGUCUUUCCGCCGAUUCCUCCUCUGCCCGUGGCAUCUAUGACGCUGCCAACGACGCAUUGUUUAGCGCCGCCUUGUACCAACAACCCAUCCGCAAAUCCGUCGUCUGAGCCAACCACGAACUCUCCAAGCUCGUCCGGUACCUCGAGCUCGUCGAGCUCCUGUUCCUCGACAGCAUUCUCUUCAUGCCUAGACAUCUGCACGACUUGGAGCUCGAAUGGAACAGGCUUUGCCACUAAUUCGUGCAGUCGGUCGUGCACGACUGUUACACAGUGCACUGGAACCAACACAUUUACGACGAGUACUGUCAACGCCUCAACAACCGCUCCGGCUUGUACAGUCAGUCCCUGGUGGAAUGACCCGGCCAUAUCUGCUGAGAUUGCCUCGUGGAUCACUCAAUUUCCACCAAUCCCUGAUAACGCGACGGUUCAAUUCAGUACUUUCAGCUUCGCGUCAAAUUCGACCCAGACCAUGGGCAACACCACCUCGAGCACUACUGCGAGCACGUCUUAUUUGACAACCACGACGUCUCAUAGUUCGACCAUCUCCAGCGCUCCUAUCACAACGCCCAUCCUUCCAAGCAGCCUGCGAGAUUUCACAGUAUUGGCCACGGAUGACAACGGCGAUGUGUACAGCGAGGUGUUCUCAGGCGGUGUAAUGGUAUCGUCCACCCUAGUCUCGUCGAGAUUACUUCCCACAUUGGGGCCAAGUGGCCCGUGGACCUUUGGCUCAUCUGGAGUCUCUUUGGUGAGCAAAACCACAUCGACUCCUCCAAUCUCUGUCGGCUCUGGCGCGCACCCAACCCUUACGAGUAUGACGCGAAGCUACAGCGAAGUCUCGAUAUUUACUUGUGACGGAGUCGCCGCAUUUGAUAGCGCGAGCUGUACAGACUCAUGGGGACUCCAAACUGUGUCAACUACUGUUCCAAGCGCGGACGAGCAAACUUCUUAUUGUGCCCACUGGACUGCAUUCACAACCACUACGAGCCCAGCGAUGGCUGGUGUGCUGAACUGUGCCACGCCUGUCAGCGGGAAAGCAACAAGCACAGUUGCCACAGCGUGGAACUCAGGGCUUCCUUGGUCACCGUUCCAGUUGGACACUGGCCCUAUCAGCAAGUUCUGCCAGAGUUUGGUAGACCGCAAUAUCGUCUUCUAUCAGGGAAUUGCAAUCACAGCUGCGUCAAGUUCGGGACUCGUGUCACCAGGAGAGUGUGACCUGUUUCCAUCGCAUGGAGACUCCAAAUUCGACUACGAACUGACGAUCGGUCUCGCGUUCGACUUCAACGGGUGCGCGUCGCCAACUGGCACGCCAUUUGUGAACGGGAUUUCGAUGAAGGAUUAUGGCGAGCAAAAAUGCAUCUCUACAUUCUGGAACCAUCUCAAUGACAAAUGCAAGUUCUCCGACUCGGAUGCAAAGAAGAGAGGCCUUGGUCAAUGGACUAGGGUCGGCGGAAUAUACUGGGCGGAUUGCAUGCGAUGGACCAUUAUUGCUGCGAGGAGUGACUUGUCGCCGCCUGACACUGUUGAUGGAAACUUACAGUGAUGGGGAUCAGUCUUCUUCGUCCUUUCUCACGCCCUUUUUCUACUACGAGAGACGUCGAACUUGAGGAGGAUGGUUCGUGAACUGCAGAAGACUGCAUGUGCCCCCUGCGAACAAUGUUUGGCUAGCCGCUGAGCUGCUGAGCUGGAAAUAGAGCAUUACCCCUUACUGAACGGAAAUUUCAUACUGAC